AAACCACAGUAGCAAAUUCGCUAUUUUAUAGAUGACUGUGAUCGCCGCAGAGGGGAUGCGGGUGAUCUUCACUUACUGAGCUACAGGGAGAUGUGAUUUCAUGUCUGUACAUGUAAAUGAAAUCACACACGUCAACGCAGUUUCUUAAGGAGGAAAAUGAUUUAAGAGAGAAAGAGGAAGUGUUUUACUCUUCUGAGGAUCUCAACAGGAAAUCUCAGGAGUCAAUAUCAGUGUUUUAAACAUGGCAGCAGAUCUGGCCUUAGUCAGUGUUCUCAUCCAGCUUCUUGUUGAUUUGGUGCAAAGUGACAGCAUUGACUUCUACAAUAUCAUGCCUGCUGCAGAAGUGUUCAUGUCUUGUACAGCCACUCCAUACCCCAAGAGUUUCAAGUGCUUCACAUGUGAACAGGCCUCAGACAACUACCGCUGUAACCGUUGGGCAGAAGAUGUGUGGUGUCCUCAGAAUACCCAGUACUGCAUGACAAUACACCACUUCAACCAUCAUGGAAAGACAACAUUUGUUACCAAAAGAUGUGCAGUGCAUGAAGAAUGCCAGUUAGCUGGCUGUAAACAUCACAAAAACACACACCAUGAGUGCAUAUCCUGUUGUGAAGGGAUGGUUUGCAACGUAGAGCUGCCGACUAAUCACAGUAAUGCAGUGUUUGCCGAAAGGCAGACCCAGAGCUCAGCGGCACCCAUUUUCAGGAUCUGGGAUUCUGUGAUCCUCAUGGUCCCAGUUCUCACGGGACUGUUACCGUUGUGAUCCUCAAUCAUGUGAAUCUGUUCGGUAAUGAACAGCUAGACAAAUUCUUGAGACAAAGGAGACGUCAAACACACUGCAGUAUUAUUAAUACAGUCAGAUGGAUGUAUUCAUUAAGGCCAUAGUAAUAUCAUGCAGCAUUCCCAUUCAUACCACUUGCAGGAUGUUGCAGGAUUCGCUAGAAGAAUGUGAUUUGCCGUCUUUGGGCUCACAGGUGUUUCCAUGACUGAUCAUUGACUAAUCUGCCUGGAGCCGCAGGAAAAAUUACAUCAUGGCUUGGCUGAUCGGUUAAUGAGAAGAAGAAGAUCACUCAUUAGCAUCUGUCCGGAGCUGUGAUACAAGUCAAUUUCACACUUGUCCUCUCCCUUCAAAAACAGUUGGACACUGAUACAUAAUCUACUGUAAUAGAAUUAAAUAUUUGUGACUUAGA